AAACGUCAUAAGAAUUGAACGAAAUGAAUCUGAAGCAGACUAAGGGUCAAUUAGAGCUCGGUUUGCCUCGGCUACUCCCUCUCGAAGCAAUCAGACAGUAGGAAGGCAAUGAACUAGUGGGGACUAAACAUGGAAUAACCAACAACGCGGGGCAUUCACUUGUCUCUCUUCACCAUGGCAGGCAGCACCACUCCAUGGGUGAGCCGUUGUCACUUGCCUGCAAACAUCUUCCUAUAAGUACCUCCUCUCUUCGCCCAUUUCACCUUCAACUUUCUCUAUCACACAAUCUCGAACAAUCCUCAAGUCAAACAUAUUCCAAUCAAACCUCAAACCAAACAACACUACCAUCCACAAUGGAAUCCAUCAAGAACACCGCCAACUACGUUGGUGACAAGGUCAACGAAGCCACCUCUGGUGCUUCCAAAGAGGCCAACAAGAACGUUGCCAAGGACUCUGACGCAUCUGUCGGAACCCGUGCCUCUGCCGCAAAGGACGCCCUUGGUGACAAGGUUGAUGAGAGCAAGAACUCCGCAUCUGCUGAGGGCAAUAAGCAGGCUGCUACCCACUAAGCAUCUCACUCAGUCACCUCGACCUAUGAUAUCCCUUUGCAACAGCACCUAAGAACGAUUCAACAGAGGAGAUGAGGUUGGCUUUCAUGAUGCAACGAGCAUUGAGUACACCUGGCACGAUACGCGGGUUUUAUGAGCUUGGAACACAUGUAUUUCAUACGACUCUUGCUCAAUAGAGCAUAUGACACCUCAUUAGGUAGUCAUGAAUGAUACCUUGAACAAACGAACAAACA